AUGGAUGAUGGCAGCGACGAUGACAUGGCCGUCAAGGCCGCCGAAGCCCUGGGCUCCCUUGCUUCGUUCAUGGAAGUUCCCGUGGACCCCCGUCGACCAGAUGCCACUGCAUCUUCUCCUCUGGAACCCGAAGAGAAGGUCGCCAGGGCCAUGUCCAAAGCGUCCGUCAAGGACCUAAGAACCAGGCUCGAGCAGAAGAGAUCAGCCUCUGCGGAGCCUUCGCACUCCCUGUCUGCUUCUGAGGAGCUGAAGGCCAAGCUCCAGGCGGCAAAGGAGCGCAUGGCAAGGGAGAAAGAGGCGGGCAAGCGACCCGUCUUGUCCCAGAUCCUGAAGCCGGAGCCAAAAGCGCCGCCUGCCCCCCGCUCUCCGUCGCCCACGGGCAAGAAGAGCAAGAAGGACAAAAAGAAGGACAAAGACAAGGACCGGGACAAGAAGAAAGACAAAAAGGAGGAGGCAGUGCCCAUCCGGCAGACCAAGGGCAAGCCCAUGCCAAAACAGCAGGCGCUUCCCUUGAUCUGCAAAGAGAAAGAGCCAGAGAAGAAGCCUGAGGAAGCUACGAGCGCCAGCGAGCUCGAGCGCAAGAUAGCUUUGGAGAAGGCCAAGGCCAGACGAUUGGAGGAGCUUCGUGAGCGCGAGGCGCAGAAGGUCCAGCAAGUACACUCGAAAGCUGCCGCGCGGAAGAAGAAGGAGGUAGAGGAUUCUGUCCGCGACCUGGCGCGGAAGCUCUCACAGGACAUUCUGGAGAUCUCAGAAACCAUCAAUGUAGAGAACAUCAAGCAGGAGAUUAAGCGUGAGGGCCGCGGCCCGGGUCACUUCGGUAACCCGCUCGCCCUUGCGCAAAUGAAGGCGGAAGUGAAACAGGAAGCAUUGGUGAAGCAGGAGUCCGGAAGCUUUAGCGCAACAGGAGUGAAGGGCGAGACGAAGACUGAGCCAGGCUCUGUCAAAAGAGAAGGCAGUCCAAACUCGAACCCGAUGUCACACGAGCAGUUCUUGACCAUCAUGGCCCAAUUAAAACAGAUGAAGACGCCAGAAUCCAUGGCCCUUUCCUCUGGGCAGCCGUCAAGUGGCGAGGACCCAGAGGCUGCCGAGGAGGAGGACGUGCAGAGCAACCAGCCCAGUGUCUGCACAAUUGGAUGGGAGCCCAACGUAGAGCCAAGCGUGAUGAUCAAGAUGCUGGAGAACUAUCGUGUCGGAUCCAUCGUGGACGCGCGACCAGCUGAGUACAACACGGACGGCUUUGCACAGGCCUGCGCAGCCCACGGCUGGACCUACGACCGUCAGCCUGUGCUGUCAAUCCAUCCAUACGACCUCGGCCCCAUGCAGAUGUUUGCAUACAACGCCAUCGGUCGCAUCGUGAGUCAAGCUCGGGCAUCAGUGAUGUCCGACCACGAUGGCAGCUGCAAGCGUCAGUGCAUCCUCUUUGCUGGUGACCAGCAGUGGAUCUCGGAGUGCAACUGGCACAUCAUUCAGCGACUGCAAGGGUGCUCCAUAGAAGUGAUCCAGAUCAACUUAGACAAGUACUGGGAGGAGGCUGCCGUGCUUGAGGAGGAGAGCGAGAAAGGCGGUGUGACGGUCGCUGGGCCGGCCCUGACACAGGUGGUGGAUGAACUCCGCACCCAAGUGGGUCUUCCCAAGAUCGGCGACGAGCGCGACAGGCAGCUCAUGGUCACGGCGCGUGCCGGCCUCGAGACCUGGGUCCAGAAAAAAUUCAAGAACGAUCUCCGGCUACGGGAGAAGCCUCUUCCUCCAGAAGCCACGCUCAAGGAGAAAAUCGACUGCCUCCGGGAUGCUUGCCCAGAGCUGUCGCGCGUGGUAAGCAUGGCUCACUUCCUCCGAAUGAUUGGCAACAACAGUGCACAUACAGGUGGUGCAGCUAUCCCGCCGCGCUACCAGCUUGUAGAGCUCGUCCAGAAGCUCACCCAUGAGAUUAAGGAGUCUGAUGCUACAACCAAGGCGCACGAUGAGGCUGACAAGAAAUGGGAAGCUGCAGAGCCAUUCGCAGCAGUCCUUGCAAAGAUCUCUGGCGAGCCUGCACCUGCGCGUGCUCCAGCAAGUGCGCGCCUGCAGUUACCUCAGUCCUUGAUCCUGCCCAAAGACGGCCAACACAAGGCGACUCUGGUGUACUUACACCCCUUUGGGGCGGGCAACGUCCGCUACCUGCAGGCCAAGAGCGUCUUCGCUGCGCAGGGCAUACGGCUGGUGCUGCCACUUGCGCCCAACACCCAGAUCACAGCUUACAACAAGCGGCCUUGCAUCAGCUGGUUCGAUUACUACAAUGGGAACAAGGAGCUUGAGGCGGACCCUCUGAGCUUGGAAGACAUUCGUGUCAGGCUGUCGCUCACACUGGAGCGAGAAGCCGUGCUUUUGGGGGAAGCUGGCCACAAGCGGCUCAUUGUGGGAGGUCUCGCCCAAGGGGCUGAGACUGCCUUGCACGCAGUGCUGAUGCACCACCAGGUCUUGGCAGGUUACGUCGGGAUUUGUGGCAAUCUCUUACCUUGCACCCUACCAGAGGGCCCAGGUAAGGUCAAGCUUCACUUCUUCGACUACGGGGAGAGGGACCCGAAGGUCUGGUUGCAUCAGACAAGGGACCCGCUUCUCAAGCACCACGACCUCACAGAGCAUGGCGCCAUCUUUGACAACGGCGUGGAAGGAGUUCCCAAGGAUUUUCGCAAGGGCCACUUGCAGGGGGUUGACCUCUCAAAGAUCGACCAUAAGUUGGAGGCCCAAUGCUUGCAUAUUGCUUGCGAGGCCCUUCUGCAGCAGGAGGAGGAAGAGCAGGAGGCGGACGACAAGCAGCUUGCUGCUGAAGUUGAAGCUCCAGAUGACACGGCGGAGGACAAGGCAGAAGAAGCUGAGCCAGAGAUGGAGCUGACAGACGCAGAUUUGGGCAUCGAGCCCGAGCCAGAGGGGGAAGAGAAGGACCCCUUGCUGGUGGAACUGGCCGAGGUCAUUGAUGAGAAUGCCCCGGACCCAACCCCUGCUCCAGAGGGAGGAGAGGGAGGGGAAGGUGAAACAGGAGAAGCCUCGGCCGAGGAUGCCACUAGAGGCAUCGAUGCUGCAGAAGAGGCCAAGGGAGCUGAAAGCGUUGAAGCUGGGGAGGGAGCGGAGAUGGAGCUCACAGAUGCAGAUCUUGGCAUUGAGGCACCCUUGGAGGAGGAUGAAGACUACGAUCCCAUGAAGGAACUUCCGGCAGCAGAGACUUUGGAAGGAGAGGACAUGGUGCUGACUGAUGCCGACCUUGGCAUCGAAGCGCCCAUAGAAGAGGGAGGUGAAAUGGUCCUGACCCCAGCAGACCUGGGGAUUGAAGGUCCCUUGUCAGACGGGGAAGAUGCGGUGAUCCUCAUGAAGGCGACUGCCAAGGUCAUGCCUUCACGGAAGCGGCCACGGGAGGAGGAUGACAACUUUGCCGCUGAGGUGAAGCAGGAGCUUGAGCAGGAAGCAGCGGCAGAGGCAUUGCCGGAUGAAGACAUGCCGCCUGCAGACAUGGCCCCCGAGGUUUCUGCAGGGGAGGCACCUAGCGAAGAUGAGGUGCCAGCAGAGAUCGAGGAUGAGGUGCCAGCAGAGCUCGAAGACGAGGAGGUGCCGGCAGAGGUCGAGGACGAGGCGCCAGCGGAGGCUGCGCCCGCUGAGGCAGCGGACGACAGUUCCGCCAAAGAGGCCGCUGAAGUGACCAAUGAGGCGCCUGCCCAGGAGGUGCCCAAAGCAAUGCCAGCAGAGUUGCCUGAAGGGGAAGCGCAAGACGCGCAAGAGCCCGAAAAGGCGCCAGAGGCGCCUGAGCAGAGGGAGUCAGACUGCGCGUAG